CAUUGAAGUCAAUCACAGCUGAUCACAUGUAAAUAGGAAAUGCCAGUUAUCGACAGUCCUCUCCAAACACUGACAGCUCAGGGGACAUCUACACUGAUCAUCAGGGCACUGAUGAUCAGUGCCCUGAUGAUCAGUGUAGCCCCAUCAGUGCCACCUGUCACUGCCCAUCAAUGCCACCUGUAAGUGCCCAUCAAUGCCACAUGUCAGUGCCUACCAGUGCACAUCAAUGCCACAUAUCAGUGCCCAUCAGAGAUGCUUUUCAGUGCCACCUAGCAGUGCCAGUCAGUGCAGCCUAUCAGUGCCCAUCAGUGAUGCCUAUC